CUCCAAUAAAUAGCUUUGUAAUAAUCGAAUAAUCCAUCAGUGAGGCCUAAGCCAACGACGAGUGCAAUUAGUUAAUUACCAGCUACCUUUAAGGUUCAGAACAAACCCCCCUUCAACAAUCGGCAUCAUGUUCCUGCGAAGCAGUGCCCUAGUGAUUCUGGCGGUGACGAUCGCCGUUGCGGCAGCAGCGAACACCAAGGAAGAACAGCAGAUGGUGAAUCUGAUCAACGAGAUCGACCAGCAGGAUAGUUUCCCGCUGUUCGGUGGAUUGACUGUCGAGCGGGAGGAAAAUGGGCGAUCAUUCGACGGUGGUAGCGCUGAUGCCGAUGAAGAUCUAGCCGAACGUGCCGUGCGAUAUCUGAGCUCGCAUACCGUGAAGUUUAACAUCCCGGAAGAGAACAGUGAGGAGGGUCGUCAGAUGGAAGAAGCCCGCAGCAGCCGCCUGAAGAAGGUCUUCCUCCCACUGCUGCUCGCUCUGAAGCUGAAGAUGGCCAUCGUCUUGCCAAUCUUGCUCACCAUCAUCAAGCUGAUCUCCCUGAAGGGAUUGAUCGCCGGACUGCUGGCCCUGAAAUUCUCCCUGUUCACCUUCCUGAAGGAUCUGUUCAACAAGAAGCAGGAACGUGUGACCACCGCCUACAUCACCAGCGCCCAGCCCGUGAACGCCGAAAUCGUCCACCAGGACUGGCACCGCAAUGGACAGGCUUCCCCGCAGGAAUUGGCCUACGGUGCCUACAAUCCCUAUGCCACUCUGCAGUAAUUGUGUUAC